CUUUUAUCAUGUUUUUUUAAAUAAAUGUACGAAUAUAGUUUCAUUUUCAAAACUAACCAGCGUAAAGUAGUCGAGCCUCUGGUUGCAAUGGUCAUUGAGYAGCCAAGGCCAUUUAGACGCAAAACUAGAAAUAUUAAAAAACAUUUUAUUGACGAUAGCGCUCAAGUUUUUUGGCAAAAUAUUUAGCUAUCGCAUUUCAUUUGCAUCUCCGAGUCUUUUUUUACUGAACUAGUUGUUAAGAAAUUGAAAGCCAACAAGUUUAUUUAACUCUGAAAAUCAUUAAAGAUUAAUGCAUUCCCUGUUCGACUGUAUAUCGCGCAAGCGCACAAGUCAAAUUAUUCAAAACACCAUUGAAAUUAAACCAAACAUUUGAUCCAAUCUUAGAUUUGUUUAGAUUAUAGAAUUAGAUAUGUUUCGAGACUGGGAAAAUCCACUUUAAAGCCAUCACGAUGCACUUGUCCGUGUUCAUUUUUGUUGUGCAAUUUCUUGUUGGCUCGGUGAMAGCGAAUGGUAAGGMAACGRUCUUUGGUAAAGCUUGUGACAACGGUGUUUGUCAAAGAGAAGAAGACACAGGGCCUUGUAUUGAUGAUGGGAGGCCGAAACUAUUUCGAUGGGAGCCCAUCCGGAAAGGUUACAAGCGAACGCUGGAGCUGGARCCUGGAAAGGAGUACACAAUGACAACAAUGGCUUCAAAGCCACCUAUUUUUGAAAUUCGUAACUUUUUGAGCUCAAAAGAGUGUGAACAUCUCAAGAAGUUGGCCAUCAAGAACAAAUUCUUCAUCAGUGAGACGCACUUCGAUGAAGCUUUAAUGAAACACAAGAAAAAUGUCACAGGUCAUGCCGAAGGUGUUGCCAGUUAUCUUCUAAGCUGGGACAAAAACAUGGAUGACGAGAUCACAAAAGAUGAGAUCAUGCAUUUUGCUUUGACCUACAAGUACCUGUACAUGUCUGAAGAUGAAGUAGAAGAUAUGAUAAAGAGACUAGAUCUCGAGCAAUUUAGUGAUGGCAAAGUCACAGCCAAAGAGUUCGAAACAUUUCCAACAGCAUCAGUCGACUCRUACAUGAACUACAUCAAAGAAAACCACCCGAAGCAUAAAGAYAGAUACAGCAGUCAGACGUGGAUCGAACAUGGAAACACUAAAGAUCCUGUUGUAGUGAGAUUAACUGAAAGGAUCAUAAAACUAACGAAGCUCUCUCCGUUAAUUGUACGAGGGGGAGAACUAGUCCAGGUUGUUCGUUACGAGAAGAACGGUCAUUAUAAUGGUCACUNUCGUAGAUUCAUGUCAUUGUCAUGUGGGGGUUGA